AACUUUUUAAUUUCCUCGCACCGUGUCUCUACUCACUUCACAUCGGUGUCAAUAACAAAGAAACUCUUAUCAAGUUAAGUCGAUGUUGUCAACUUCGUACACUUAAAAUGUGGGCUAUGAGAGAAGAGGAUUUUACGGCUAUUCGAUCCUCAAUAAUGCCUUAUCUUCAACGUCUUACCAUACAACAUAUCUUUUUCAGCUGUAAAAAUUUCUUCGAUAGGCUCUCAACCGAACAAUUUUCCUUCCUAACAACGUUACAAUUAGGAAAGGCCAAAUUUAGACCAAAAUCAAAUUAUAAGUCAUUAAUGUCUGUAAAAUCUCUCGGUGGCAUUUGUUGUAUGUGGGAAGAUUUUAAUAGUAUUUUUUCUAUGUUUCCUCAAUUACGUCAACUAAGUUUAUCUCUUUACACUUAUCGUGAAAAUCCAAGAUGGGCAUCGAUUACAACGUUAAAGUUAACUCUGAAUAAUCUUGUCUUAAAAUUUUCAAGUAAAAUGGUUACACCCGAUGACGAUCUACCUAUUUGUCUUAUGAUUAAUACACGUUUACGUCAUGUUAAGUUGAAUGCAUCGAUAUCGAAGUAUAAUGAUAAUCUCCUAUUGAGUGACAUUUUACCUCAAACAGUUCAACGAAUUGAAAAUAUUAUUGAGCAAAAGCCAACUGAAGAAUUAUAUAC